UCUUGACCUCUCGAGGGAGGGAGGUCCAAAGCCAGGGAGCAGCCAUCAAGAAGGCCUUCUCCCUUGUUCCCAUCAAACAAGCCUGAGAAGGGCCUCCCAUGAUGAUCUUAAAAUGCACUCGUAUAGGGAAAUAUGGUCCUUCAAAUAGCCUGGAUCAAAGCCAUAUAUGGCUUUAUGGGUCAAAACCAGCACUUUGAAUUGUGCUCGGAAGCAGGCUAAGCUGUGGCAACAAGAGACUUGUAUGUCCCAGUUAACAAUCUCCCUGCAGUUGUUUGGGCCAACUGAAGUUUCUGAGCACUUUUCAAAGGAAGCACCAUGUAGAGCGCAUUAGAGAAAUCCAAACGGGAUGUAACCAAGGAAUGCACAACUGUGGGCAGAUCCAACUUCUCCAGGAACAGGCUGAGGCAUCACUGGGGUGGUAGGGUGGGGGGUGGAUGAACUGCACCAGGUAAAACCUUCUGGGGCCCACACAACCAGAUCCCAUGCAGUCAUGGCCAUAUGGGACUCAAAAGACCAGGGGGUUCUGAGAGGGCUGAGUGCACCCCCACCUCGCUGCUGCGAUGCCAUUCUAUGCACUGUGGCAGCAAGUUGGGGGAGUGCUCUUUUGGCCCCGUCCCAAAAUCCCCACUGCACCUCUUCACAUUGGGGGUCACUCCAGGCAGGGAUGCCACUGAGAACAGGCACAGUUGGUGCAUUAGCUUUAUCUGUGCAAUAGCACUUCAUUCAAGCUUCAGUGAUUUAAAUUUUGCAAAAUAUACCAAAAUCGGCACUCAGCUCAUAACAUCUGUCCUCUAGCCAAUCUCCUGCCAAGAAAGCUAGCAAUCAAAUCAAGUAACCCAUCAAAAAAUCUUACAUGCACACGUACACGGAUUUUGUUGCUGUUGCAUGCCUUCACAUCUACUCAAACUUAUGGCAAUCUCCUUGUAGAGUUUUCUUGUCAGAAUUCAUUAAGAGAAGGUUUGCCAUUGCCUUUCUCUAAGGCUCUAACUUGACCAAGGUCAUACAGUUGCUAUUUGGAGAUUCAAACCUUGGGGCUCAUUCACACUGCCCAGUUAAAGCACUAUUAUUCUAAGCCAGAGCACUCCAGUAUCUCACUAGGCUACAAAUCCCACGUUUCCAUAGGAUUGAACCAAGAUAGUUAAAUAGAAUAAUAGUACUAUAAUCAUGUACUGUGAAUGGACCCCUGGUCUCACAAAAUCCUAGAUGACUGGUUCCCAGCCUCUUCUAUGCCCCACACCCCUAGGAAAUAUUUGUUUAAUGUUUGCACCCCUGGAAAACUAAUAUCACUUCUGAAGAUGAAGAAAUCUAAUUUCUAAUUUUUCAACCACAAAUUGAACUGCAUACAACAUUGUUGGGGAACAAACUGAGCCUUUAAAAAAUAAGCUUUUUACUCAGUGUAUAAAAAGAAAAUCCAGUUUGAGCAAUUUGAUUCAAAUUUAUUUAGAAAAAAAAUGUAAACAGUAAAUUCAGUCCCAACUGUGAACAUAAAAUUCAAUCUUUUCUUUGCUUCUGUGUCUCAUUAAUGUUUUUGUCAAAGUGUGGAACUUACUUUUUGACUGCAGUCUGCAGGUCUGCCUCUGGAUGGCUGAUGACACAAUCUACUUUUUGCUGCACCUUUUGAAAUUCCAUCUUGCACCCCUUGGGGAUGUGGGAACCCUAGGGUGGGAACCCCUGUCAUAGACCAACACUCAAACCAUUACACACCAUGCUGGUCUCCACACAUUGGUUUACUACUGGGAACAUAUCAAGUCUCUUUCUUUACCUGAGAUUUGACUGUUGCUUGCUGUUCCAGAGGUUGUGAUCUACAGACCACUGGCUGCCAGCUGUAAUGGAGCAAUUUGUGCUAAUGGAUCCACGGCAGAGGGCCUUGUAUCGGGAUGUCAUGCAGGAGAGCUACGAGACACUGAUGGCACUUGAAUUUCCACUGCCCAAGCCUGAUUUGCUGUCACGAUUAGAAAGAGGAAAUGAAGCAACAUUUGACCUACAAUCACCAGGAAGCCUCCCUCCAGUUACUCCAACAGUAAAUGAGGAUAUGGAGGAAGAGAAUCCUGUGCAAGAAGUUUCCAAAGAGGUAGAGUCUGCUGCUGAAACCUCCCAGACUCCCAUAGAUGAAGCCGUGAGUAGCAAAUCCCAGGCUGAGAGUUCCCUACUUUCUCCUCCUUUAUCACCUCCAUUGCCACCUUCAAACCCCAACAUUUGCCAUAGAUGUGGCAAAACCUUCAGCCACAAGUCUGCCUUGAUGAAACACCAGAAGAUCCACACAGGAGAGAAACCCUACGAGUGUGAAGAAUGUGGGAAGAGUUUCAUUCAGCGUUCAGACCUGACUAUCCAUCAGAGAACCCAUACAGGGGAACGGCCAUAUCAAUGCCUGGACUGUGGGAAAAGUUUCAGUGUCAGCUCCACCCUGCUGACCCACCAGCGGCUUCAUGCGCCGAGUGGUGAAAAACCCAACCGUUGCCCUGAGUGCGGUAAGUGCUUCAGUGAUCCAACAGCUCUGGAGCGGCAUCGCAAGAGUCAUGCUGGGGAGAAACCCCAUGAGUGUGUGGACUGUGGGAAAAGCUUUGCUUGGAGCUCCCACCUUGAGCGGCACCGACGGAUUCACACAGGGGAGAAACCGUACAAGUGCCAUGAGUGCGACCGGGCCUUUGCAUGGAGCUCGCACUUAGACCGCCACAUGCGGACUCACACAACAUCGGCUCUGCCUGAAGAAGCACCCCCCUCAAAGUGUGUGGACUGUGGCAAGCGAGUCAAUCACAUCACCCAACCUCAUCGGUUUAAACACAAGAGCACCCAGACCCCUCUGGGGCAUGAGGACAUGAUCAAGGAGAAUGAGACAGGGCAGCCCUAUCACCGGUGCACCCUGUGUUGGAAAGGCUUCAGCCUGCAUUCUAAACUACUCAAACACCAAUGUGUUCACAUGGGCGAGAAGCCAUACCAGUGCUCAGAAUGUGGUCGCCAAUUUAGCUGGUGCUCCACCCUCCUCAAGCACCAGCGCACUGCUCACAAUAAAGACAGGACUUACUCCUGCUCAGAAUGUGCCCUAGGUUUUGGAAAUCCUGCUUCCUUGGCCAAGCACAAGCUCACUCACACUGGUGGGAAGCCUGACCAGCAUUCUGAUGGUGACAAAAACUUUGAGUGGAGCGUCCACUUGGAGAGACAUAAGCAAAUCCAUGCUGGGGAGAAAUCCUGCACGUGUGGGAAUUGCAGCCAAGGGUUUGCUAUGAGGUCCCACUUGGGGCACCACCAACGGGUCCUCACUGGAGCUCGCCCCCACAGUUGUGGAGAGUGUGGCAAGAGCUUUACCUUAGGCACUACGCUGGCCACACACCGAUGCCUUCAUGACUCUGAGGCCAAGCCUCACCGAUGUCCUGAAUGUGGGAAAGGUUUUAGUGCCACAGCUGUGCUGGAGCGCCAUCGCCGACUGCAUCGUGGUGAGAAGCCCUAUCAGUGCGAUGUCUGUGGCAAGGGCUUUGCCUGGAGCUCACACUUUGACCGCCACCAGCUCUCACACACAGGAGAGAAGCCCUUCCCUUGUGCCUACUGUGGGAAAUGUUUUGGGCGUAGCUCCCACCGCAACCGGCACCAACGUGCCCAUGCCAUCCCCACUCAGGGCCAAGACCAGCGACAGAAUGAUAAAGAUCAAGACAGUGCUUUACUGCCAACCACAAAUGCCAACUGGUGGGAGGAAGGGGAAGGAGAAAGGAGGCCUGUGAUGGAGCAGCAAGAAGUCUGGCCAUCCACCUUGGAUGCAACCGGCCCUUUCCAGUGGACAGCCAAGUCUCCUGGUGAUGCAUGGAGGACCGUGGGGGAAAAUGCCCUUGGGCAGGAGCCUGAGGAUUUGACGGAUCCUGCCAAAAACUGGACCCAACCACCCUCUACAGUACCCCUUGCUACUCACUUUCCUUGACUGAAAGCUGGUGCCAAGCUCAUCCUCUUGUUAAAUGGCUCUCUUACGCUCUUUGGAAGUGCCAGACACCCCUCCAUUCUCUUGUGGUAAGAUGACAGGGGAACCUCUUCCUUUCUGCCAUCCACAGUUUCCUGAUCUAUAUCUGGGUAUUGCUGCUGCUGCAGCUGCUAAAAAGUAUGAAUACCCUGGGGCCAAAAAUUCUCACAAAAGGGAGAACUACUGUGGAUCAGGAGUGAGUUGUGUGUCAGCAUGGAUCUUAUUUUUAGGAGCUGAGGUGAGGGAGAAUUAAGCAGUAGAAGUUGCAUGGGUGAAGGAAGGAAGCAGAUUGCUGAUGGUUACAGGGUGCUUAUGCAUCACAAAUAUAUUUUAGAAAGAUUUUCUAGAUUACAGUUCCUAGCAUCUUCCAGGCAGCCUAGAGGUGAGGAAUUGUACCUUUGUAUAGCAAACAAUAGCAAGUACAUUUCUAUACCGCUUAUCAGUGCACUUAUGAACUCCCUAAGCGGUUUACAAUGUGUAAGCUUUUUGUCCAUGCAGGCUCAGGGAUUCUGUGAAUAGUAAAACCACCAUCACAAGGGACUUUCUCCAAGCUUUGGGAGGGAAUAAAUUAAUUACAAAAUCAUUACCUGUCUAACACUGUAAAAUGUUUUACCAUUUAAUCCAUAAAGAGAUUCUUCUGAUGGCUUCCAUUCCCCACAACAGAAGUCCAAUCUGCACUGCAGAAAUAAUGCACAGUGCAAUGGAAUUCUGGGAUUUGUGGUUUUGUGAGAAUUUUAGUUUCUUUGUCAAGAGAGUUUUAGUGCCAUAACAGACUACAAACCCCAGAAUCCCAUAGCAUGGAGUCAUGGCAGUUAAAGCAGUGUCAAUUUGCAUUAUUUCUGAAGUGCAGAUUAGACCAGUAAAGUAGACUGAUAUCAUUUCCAUUAUACAGAAGUGAGGCUCUAGAGCCCAAGAUGUACUUCCCAUUCCUUGAGCCACAGGAGCAUGUGCAUGGAGGAGUAGUCCAUAAAUAGUGGGAAGAGGGAAAACAAAGAAAAAAGAAGGCCACAAGCAACCCUGCAGGGAAGACAACCCACACAUUCAUUUGCCCUGGAUUGACCCAAUUUCUUGCAUCUCCAUGUGACACAGACAGAAACAGCAACCGUGCAGUAAACUAGUCAGUCCCAGAAUCAGCAACAACUGUUUUGUUUUGUGUCUGAUGUUCUCAGACAUGGGACAACUCCUGCAAACAGAUAAGCUUCCACAUUUUGUGUGAGUCAGUGAUGAUAACCCAGAAUUCUCUAUAUGUGUAUGUUCUGCAUGACAAUGAUGCUGGAUCUGGAACAAAAGCAUUUCUUGGUGUUUUUUUAAGAGCACAUUUCCAGCCUCCUUGGUGUCAGAGAAAUCUUUCAGAAUUCCAGUGAACAGGGAAUAGGUUCAUGAUGAACAACCACUUUUUAUAACUAGGAUUGUAUGUAUAUUCUCUGGACCACUGUUUAUAGCCAGGACAAAUGCUUGUAUUCUACCUGGAAAGUAUUCAGUUUGGAUGUAGAAUUCCACAUCCUUGAAAAUUCAUAUUUAAUGUUGAAAAUGAAGAAGCAAAUAUUCUAAUCCUUAUAGCAUGGGGUAGGACAGAGGUUCUGUCAGAGUUUUGGUCCUUAGGAAGUGAGGCUUAAGAGUUUGACAUCCCUUUAUCCUGCAGCUGCCAGGAGCAACACAUGUUGUAGGAACAAGAACUGUCAAGGUGAUGACAUGAGCUAUUAUCCCACACAAGAGGGAAAUGCCUUUUCUAAUGUUGCUUGCCAUUGUCAGCUUUUAUAAGUAUUUGAUGUUUAUUCCAUCUAUUUUUUUAUCUGCUGACUGAUAAGUCAGUACCUAUGCAGUCAAAUCAAACCACCAACUGAGUCAUCCCACCAAUUAAAAUCAGUUGCAAUCCUUGCCUACAUAAUUCCUGGCAAGAAAAUGGGUGAACUGUAACAUAUUUUGUAAUAGCUCUAGAUUUUGUUUCUUCUAUUUGUUUUCUAAGCCCAGAGUACAACCACAGAGUUGGAGGUGACCCCAACGACCAUUCAGUCUAAACCCCUGCUGUUCAGGAACACAAAGUACUCCCAACAGAUGGCCAUCCAGCCUCUGUUUAAAAACCUCCAAGGAGGGAGACUCCACCACUCCAAGGGAGCAUGGUCCACCGUUGAACAGCUCUA